AUGAUGAACACCAAGAAGUUGAUCAAGAUUGCAAGAAAGUCCCAAGAAAUGGCAACCAUUCGGCGCAAGAGUAUUACAGCGCCAGGAGCAUUAAGAGACGAUAACACUAAUUCAACAGCGAAAGUUGAGAAAGGUCAUUUUGUUGUGUAUACAUUCGAUGGACAUCGCUUUGUUUUUCCUUUAGGACACCUCAAGACUUACAUAUUUAGAGAGCUUUUAACCAUGUCCGAAGAAGAGUUUGGACUACCAAGCAGUGGACCAAUCACAUUCCCAUGUGAUGCAUCAUUUAUGAAGGAUGUAGCUAACUUAUUCCAAGAACGCGCAACACUAGCAAAGGAGAGAGCUUUGCUGCAAUCUUUGAUUACUAAAAGUUGUCAUCCAUCUUUUUGUGUUAGUCAAGAAACUACCAGACAACUAGUUGCCCAUGCUUGUUAA